AUGAAUGUUCUUGGUAGUCUUGGUAAAAAGGCUGUGGAAAAAGCCUAUGAUCUAGCAUCAAAAGUCGAAGGUGGCCGUGAUUAUUUAACCACUGCAGCUAAUACAGUUAAUUCAUUGGUCAAAGGCAAAGAUGCUCGUGUUUAUUUAAAACCAGGCAAUGUUAUACAAUUUGUAUCUCGGGCAUCUGCUCGUUCAAUACAAAUCAUUGUUUCAAAAGAUACAAAUGAAUUAAUAUGUGAUGCUAUUGGUGGUACUGGCCCAUUUUUUCCAAAUGCAUAUUGGCUUGUGGUUUGCGGGCAACAUAGUCGAUUUUAUUUUCAUAACAAUUAUAAUUAUCUUGGAGUUAAAAAUGGUAAAAUUGCCAUUAUUCCAUCAUCAUCUACUGAAAAGCCACCCAGCGAAGCCGAAUUUCGUGUUCAAGAUGUCUUAGGUUCAGCUCAAGCUAUUUAUCUUGAAUCAGCAAAUGUACCAGGAUAUUUUCUCAGUUUUGAUGACGAAGGUACACCUGCUGAUGGAGUUAAAACAAAGAAUAAAGAAAAACUUUUUCAAUUCGAAAUUCAAUUGAUUGCUUACGGACCUGGUAUUCAACCUGAAAAAGAUGAUAAUACAAUCGAAAAACCUACUGAAGCAUCUCCACCACCGUAUUGGCAAGUAUCAGGUGGAGCAACAUCAACAUCAACCUCACUACAACAACCUCAAGCUACAUCAUCAACAUAG